AAGACAUUCCCGAUACCGAUGGGUUAUUAUUAUCGCCACCAGUAGCAGUUGAAGGCAGAGAACAAAGCGUUGAAUUUCCGGGGCUGAGUGCAGUCACGGCUUACCAUCAAGAAUUUUUGAACAGUCGAGUAUCACCACCAGUUGAAGGUAGUUUGUUAAUUAUUGUAAUCAAGUACACCAUAUUUUUAAUUUUCAGUGCAAAAUCAAGAAAAUCGAAACGACGAUAACGACGAAGCAUCUUCAAGUUCAGAACCGUUAGUAAAUGUAAGAAAAAGGCUUUUGAUGGAAAGAAACAAUGCCACAUCAACAUUCGAUGUCACCGAAAAUGCAGAGAAGGAAAAGGUAACAAGAAAACGAAAACGUGACCCAUCAAAAUGGACCAGAAAUGUCCAAAAAACUUUAAGAAUGGAGGGAAAAGAAUAUCGGACACAGAAGGGAAGACCUAAAAAAGCAAAAACAGUAGCAGAGGUAAAAUGUAGAUGUCAUUACAAAUGUAAUGACAUUUUUUCCAAUGAAACGCGACAUGAUAUUUUUAACGAAUUUUAUAAUAUAAAAAGCGAAGAGUCAAGGUGGAACUUUAUUGCUAAACAUGUUCAGCGUAUCCCAAAGAAGCGUUCAUACGUUGUACAAAAAGAGGGUAGUCGAAGAAAGUUUACCUUAGUAUAUAAACUUACUGCAAGACAUACACAACAUCAAGUUUGUCAAAACUUUUUCCUUAAAACUCUACAAAUUUCGAGUAAAAAGGUACUUACAGCACUGGAUAAAAGUUCUGCACAUGGAGUCGUUAAGCCAGAUCAAAGGGGCAAGAAAUCACCACUGCAAAAAAAAUCUGAAGCAACCAAAGACAUAAUAAGAUCUCACAUUAAAAAAUUACCCUUAAUUUCUUCACAUUACUGUAGAAGCACAACAAAGAGGGAAUAUCUCCCUACAGGAUUAUCUGAAAAUAGAAUAUAUUUAGAUUAUAAAGAUUAUUGUGCAGAGCUUGGAGUAGUACCAGAAAAAGCUAGCUUUUAUAAGCAUAUUUUUACCUCGGAGUUCAAUAUUGGUUUCCAUCGGCCUAAAAAAGAUCAAUGUGAUUAUUGUGCCGGGUUUAAAAACAAAAAUGAUGAGGAAAAGAUAAAAAUGCAAGACAGUAUGGAUGCACACUUGGCCCGAAAAACAGAGGCUAGAGAAGCAAAACAAAUCGACAAAAAUCGUGCAAAACUUGACAAGAGUUUUUUGUGUUUUGCCGUAGAUAUGGAGAAAAUUCUUUUAACGCCUUCAUUACAAGUAGGAAAGUUAUACUAUACCCAAAAACUAAAGACAUUUAACUUUACCGUAUAUAAUUUGGGGACUGCACAAGCUGAAAAUUUUAUGUGGCAUGAGGGGGUUGGCACCAAAGGUUCGUCAGAGAUCGCAACCUGUUUGUGGAAACUUUUAAAUGGCUUUAGCCCUGAAGUAAAAGAAGUUACAUUCUAUGCUGACACAGCAUCGGGACAAAACCGUAACUGCAUUAAUGCUGCCAUGUUUUUACGAGCUGUACAUUUGCUUCCGAUUGAAAUUAUUAACCAAAAAUUUAUGGAGUCAGGACACUCUGAAAUGGAAUGUGACAGCGUUCAUUCUGCCAUUGAAAACCGUGGUAAUAAAAUCGAUAUUUACACCCCAGAGGGUUGGUACACAGUAGCUGCAUCAGAACUGCAAAAACUAAGCAACCAUUUUACAAUGUUACUGAAAUGAACUAUUCAGAUUUCUUAAAUUUUAAAUCUUUUUCCAAAUCCGCAAUAUUAAACAAAAAAAAAUGUACAGAUGGAAGUAAUUUGAAUUGGUUAAAAAUAAAAUGGAUUCAAUAUAGGAAAGAAGAACCUAACAAAAUUUUCUUUAAAAAACGUCUUGAUGAUUCUGAAUUUCGUUCCAUAGAAGUUAAAAAGGCAUCUUUAAGAAAUGGCGUAUCUUCCCUAAAUGCAGUUAUACCUAAUUUGUAUACAACUAGUAUACCAAUUGAAAAACGAAAAUUAACGGGCUUGCGUAAGUUAUGCGAAUCUGACUCCAUAAAGUCUGAUUAUCACGGAUUUUAUGAGGGACUAAGAACCACUGAUGAGGAUCAAGUUGAAUCCGAGAACGACGAAAACUGACAGUUUAAAUAAAAUUUAUUUUUAAACAUUUUGUAUUAGUAAUAUUAAUAAUAAAAAGUUAAAAAAAACUGCUGAGUUUUAUCAUUAUUUUAUAACAUUAUUGUUAGAUCUUUUCACAUCUUAAAAUAUUCCGGCAAAACAACUAGCUUUGUGGUAGUGAAAGGGGCUAAGCCACAUAAAACCUAAAAUAUUGUUUAUAAUUUCAAAAUAAAAAUAUCCACACAACAAGUAUGACACCUAAUUACAAAUAUCAAAAAAUUGUUAUGAUUUGACCUUUUUUUAAUAUUCUAGAAAAGAAUAUAUAAGUUUUUUGGAAACAAACUUUUUUGAAAGCGCGCUAGCUCCAGUUUUACUUUAUGUGGGUUAGGACAGUUCACAACCAAAGCGACGAUAUAUGCAUUCUUAGUUGGUAUUUCAACUAAAUCAAACGCACUUAUUAUAUCGCUAGCUAUACCUACUAAAAAUCUAGGGCUAUUUAAACUCUAGUACAAAUAAAUAUCAAGAAUUUCAACAAGUGUGCCGCCUCCACUGUCUUCAGACCUCAACAUAGUCAUCUGACCCGAUCGAUAGAAUAACGAGAUGCGCGGAUUUUGCCGCCUGUUGAUGUCACCGGUUCUUUAUAAACUUUUCUAACUAUAAGUGUCCUCACCGCAGGCACACUACCACACAAAGGGUUAAUAUUAAAAAGCUGAGUUUGAACUUGAUAAAAAUGGCACAACUACUACAAUUUUCGUGGCGGUAUGCUUUGCUUGCUAGAAAAAUAGGGUUUUUCACGUUUUACUCGAAAACCUUAAGGUUAUGUGAGAAAAGUAUAGAUACAAAAACUAUAGAUUUUUUUAUUACCUAUUAAAAAGCAUUUUUUUCUUAGGCAAUUAUUUUCUGCAAAAAAAAACAUUUUUCAUUAAUUCUACCCUUAGCCCCCCACCCACCCCACAUAACUUACCAGUAGGAAAUUGUUGUUCAAAAAUCAUUGUUUUUCAUAAUAAUACGCAUGAAUAACAGCUGGUUUUGUUAUUUAUAUCUAAUCUAAUAACACAGUUUGUUUAUUUAAAUUUGAUAUAUUUGUAUAUUAAUAAAUAUUUAAUACAAAAACAGUGCUAUUAGAUUGGAUAUUAUGUACAAAAAACGGUGAUUUUUAAAAAAUAAUUACUAGGAUAAGGGUUGUGGUGAUGAAAAAUAAAGUAAAUCUUAGAAAAUUUCAAAAAUG